AUGAGAUGGUGGGCAUCACAGCAGCUCUAUGGGGCCUGGGAGGGCAGGGGAUUGAAGUGUGACAACGCAAAGGGAUUGAAAGCCUUCUAUGAUGCAAUAAAGUAUGGGCCGAACCACUUGAUGGUGUUUGGAGGCGUCUGCCCGUCUGUUACAUCCAUCAUUGCAGAGUCCCUCCAGGGCUGGAAUCUGGUGCAGCUUUCCUUUGCGGCCACCACACCUGUCCUGGCAGAUAAGAAAAAGUACCCGUACUUCUUCCGGACUGUGCCCUCCGACAACGCGGUGAACCCCGCCAUCCUGAAGCUGCUCAAGCACUUCCGCUGGAGGCGCGUGGGCACACUCACGCAGGACGUGCAGCGCUUCUCCGAGGUGAGGAAUGACCUGACUGGGGUUCUGUAUGGUGAGGACAUUGAGAUCUCAGAUACAGAGAGCUUCUCCAAUGAUCCCUGCACCAGCGUCAAAAAACUGAAGGGGAACGACGUGAGGAUCAUCCUUGGCCAGUUUGACCAGAACAUGGCGGCCAAAGUCUUCUGCUGUGCCUUCGAGGAGAGUAUGUUCGGCAGCAAGUACCAGUGGAUCAUCCCCGGCUGGUAUGAGCCUGCGUGGUGGGAGCAGGUGCGCAUGGAGGCCAAUUCAUCCCGCUGCUUGCGCAGGAGUCUGUUGGCCGCCAUGGAGGGCUACAUUGGCGUGGACUUCGAGCCCCUGAGCUCCAAGCAGAUCAAGACCAUCUCAGGGAAGACUCCGCAGCAGUAUGAGAGAGAAUACAACAGCAAGCGCUCUGGUGUGGGGCCCAGCAAGUUCCAUGGCUACGCCUACGAUGGCAUCUGGGUCAUCGCCAAGACCCUGCAGAGGGCCAUGGAGACGCUGCACUCCAGCAGCAGGCACCAGCGGAUCCAGGACUUCAACUACACUGACCAUACAUUGGGUAGAAUCAUCCUCAAUGCCAUGAAUGAAACCAACUUCUUCGGGGUCACGGGUCAAGUUGUGUUCCGGAACGGGGAAAGAAUGGGAACCAUUAAAUUUACUCAAUUUCAAGACAGCAGGGAAGUGAAGGUGGGCGAGUACAAUGCGGUGGCUGACACGCUGGAGAUCAUCAAUGACACCAUCAGGUUCCAGGGAUCUGAGCCGCCCAAGGACAAGACCAUCAUCCUUGAGCAGCUACGAAAGAUCUCACUCCCACUCUACAGCAUCCUGUCAGCCCUCACCAUCCUGGGCAUGAUUAUGGCCAGCGCCUUCCUCUUCUUUAACAUCAAGAACCGGAACCAGAAGCUGAUCAAGAUGUCCAGUCCCUACAUGAACAACCUCAUCAUCCUGGGUGGAAUGCUUUCCUAUGCAUCCAUCUUCCUCUUCGGCCUCGAUGGAUCCUUUGUCUCGGAAAAGACCUUCGAAACGCUGUGCACGGUCAGGACCUGGAUUCUCACCGUGGGCUAUACAACUGCCUUUGGAGCCAUGUUUGCAAAGACCUGGAGGGUUCACGCCAUCUUCAAAAACGUGAAGAUGAAGAAGAAGAUCAUCAAAGACCAGAAGCUGCUUGUGAUCGUGGGGGGCAUGCUGCUGAUCGACCUGUGCAUCCUGAUCUGCUGGCAGGCCGUGGACCCCCUGCGGAGGACGGUGGAGAGAUACGGCAUGGAGCCGGACCCAGCAGGCCGGGACAUCUCCAUCCGCCCUCUGCUGGAGCACUGCGAGAACACCCACAUGACCAUCUGGCUUGGUAUAGUCUACGCCUACAAGGGGCUUCUCAUGUUAUUCGGUUGUUUCUUAGCGUGGGAGACCCGCAACGUAAGCAUCCCUGCCCUCAAUGACAGCAAGUACAUUGGGAUGAGCGUGUACAACGUGGGCAUCAUGUGCAUCAUUGGGGCUGCCGUCUCCUUCCUGACACGUGACCAGCCCAACGUGCAGUUCUGCAUCGUGGCCCUGGUCAUCAUCUUCUGCAGUACCAUCACCCUCUGCCUGGUGUUUGUGCCAAAGCUCAUUACUCUGAGGACAAACCCAGAUGCAGCCACUCAGAAUAGGCGAUUCCAGUUCACACAGAAUCAGAAGAAAGAAGACUCAAAAACAUCCACCUCCGUCACCAGCGUCAACCAGGCGAGUACAUCACGCCUGGAGGGACUGCAGUCAGAAAACCACCGCCUGCGAAUGAAGAUCACAGAGCUGGACAAAGACUUGGAGGAGGUCACCAUGCAGCUGCAGGACACACCAGAGAAGACCACCUACAUUAAACAGAACCACUACCAAGAGCUCAAUGACAUCCUCAACCUGGGCAACUUCACAGAGAGCACAGAUGGAGGAAAGACCAUUUUAAAAAAUCAUCUCGAUCAAAACCCCCAACUACAGUGGAAUACAACAGAGCCCUCUCGGACAUGCAAAGACCCUAUAGAAGACAUCAACUCACCAGAGCACAUCCAGCGCCGGCUGUCCCUCCAGCUCCCCAUCCUCCACCACGCCUACCUCCCGUCCAUUGGAGGCGUGGAUGCCAGCUGCGUCAGCCCCUGUGUCAGCCCCACAGCCAGCCCCCGCCACAGACACGUGCCACCCUCCUUCCGAGUCAUGGUCUCGGGCCUGUAGGGGUGGGAGGCCUGGGGCCGGGACCUCCCCGGGGACAGCACCAUGCUGGGCCUAGGCACCUGACACCGGCACACUGUUGGCAAGAAGCUGGGCACCGCACUGCCUCGCGAGACUGCGUGGAUGGCACUCGGGUGGACCAGGGACUCGGCACCUGACCUCGAGCCUUAUUUGUGAAGUUCUUACUCUUUCACAGAAGAGAGAUGGGCAAUGACUUCUUCCUUCAUGUCUACAAACAAAGAGGAGUUGGGAUGUUUGAAACUUGCAAAAACAAAAAAAAUUCUAGACAAGGAGAGAGACCUCGAACUCCAGCCAGCCUCGCCGAGUGGCCCAGAGCAAGGGCUCCGCAGAAAUGGCCUCUGCACUCUGCACACACGUCAUCGGCGGUGACUCCCCGCCAGCCCCUCUCCACUCUGAAGGAGGAGGUGAGCAGGACCACCAUGUUCCCAGCGGCUGGCCCCGCCCGCCCCUGCCUCCCUGGAUGGAACAGGGAGUUGGAAGAGCAGCUGGGCAGAGCCCUGGGGCUGGGGGAACCUGAGCAGGCAACUGCGCAUGCUCCCAGGGGCCCUCCAUCAUCAGAGAGAUGUUUGUUACUCUCUGAAAAAUGCCACACAUUAACAAUAACACCCGUUCUGGGGACCGUGGGGACUUAGGGCACGUUGCUGCAGACCCUCUCUGCAGUAUUCACCGACAGUCUGUCAUGCACCCACCACGUCAGCCAUGUUCUCGUGUUCAAAUUGAGGGUUCCCGGUAAUAAGGGGGACCACCUGAGCUAAUCUUGGAAUGUCUGCUCCGAGCAAACAUGAUAAAGAAAGAUUGUGCACUUUAACUUCUCCCAUGGGGGCCCAAGGGCUGCUGGGGUUUUCUGUUGUUUUUUUUGGUUUUUGGUUUUUGGUUGUUUUUUUUUUUCCCUCUUUGUUUCUGACCAAAGUGAAUCAGGGGCAUUCUACUAAAAGUCAUCCCCAUGUCCCAGGGGCAAGAGCUGCUGGCCAGGGCUUCCCCUGGCUUCCAGAAGGCAGCCUUUCAUCACCCCUCCAGCCAGUGAGCUGUCCCCUUCAGUAUCACUGGGGGUGGUCAGAUGGCAGGCUGGUUCUCAUCCAUUAGGUCAUACUUCCAUUGGAAUUGAAGGCCCAAAGAGCACUAGCCUGGGAGUCAGACGGACCUGGGUUUGAGUCCUUGGUCCCCUCCAACUCCCUCAGUGACCUUGGGCAAGUCACCAGUGUCUCUCUGAGCCUGUUUCCCCUCUGGGGUUGAAAUAACACCCAUCCUGCCUACCUCACAGGGUCAUUCUGAGAAUGGACACUUGCUCUCAUCCAGGAAAGCUUUACACCAGUGAAGCAGCCCUGACCCGUGAGGUAUUAGUGUGACUAUGACCUUCAGCUCCCCACAAGCUGGGUGUGCCGUGUGGCUCAGAGAAUCUUCCAGCAUGCUGUCUGUGCGGAACAGCCCAGCUGGAGAGAGAUCGUGACCCUUCUGACAUUUCCAGGCAGGUUCAUUCUUUGAAUGACGGUAUCCAGGUGUCUGCACAACUGAGCGGUUUGCUCACUCCCUAAAGAACCCUAAUGGCAGCUUCAACAGGCAGGCAAUAAUCUCUUCCCAAAACCACUGCAGUCAGGAACACACUGUUGUCAACUACCAGGCUGUGUCGAAAGGGCCCAUGGGAAUCACCAUCGCCAACAUUUCAAAACACCCUACUUUACAUAGCAUAGCUUUCCCCUCCCCUCCCUCAAAGAGAGGUUACCGAGGUUCUGUAGCUUUUAGGGGGAGAAAAAACUGUCAACACAUCACAGGUCAAGUUGAGGUCACUCUGUUUAGGCACUAAAAAAUCGUGUUGUCACUCACUGUGUAUUAAUCAGUAUUUCCUUGCUCUCUUGAUUUCACCAAAAACAAAUUUCAUUUAAAGGAUCACAUUAAUUUUUCAAAGGGAAAGAGAUAAUUAAUUGUACAUAAUGUAUACACACAAAAAAAUACCUGUAGAAAUAUUAUUCCAACAUAGCAGGAAAACAAAAGUAUUGGACUGUCAGAGGUGAGCGUGCGUCUGUAACCCCUUGUGACUCCAAAAUGUGCUCCGUCUUCUAGGUUAACCCACAGGUACAUUCUCUGUCUGCUGAUCCUGUAGGUUCACCCAUUUUGUUUUUUGUUUUUUUUUUAUUUCCCCCCAGUUAACAAGCCCCACAAAGUAACUCUAGCUAUCUACUGGUUCUGUUCUUUUAUAUGCAGCAAACACACGGUCCAUUUCCAAGAGGCUUCCGCCCGACGGCAUCUUCCAAUGAUGUUAGUGCACAAAACGCUUUAAAUUAGACCGGAACUGCCAGGAUCAAAUGUAAAUGAGAAGUUUCUCUCACCCCUACUGCAUGGUAUCGAUUUUUAAUAAAUUGUUGCAAAUUUGUUUUUAUGAAUAAAAGAGAGAAAAAAA